AUGGCUUCCAAGCUCGAACAGAUGGGGGAAUCUCACCAUGUCGAGAAAGACCAUGACAAACAGAUAAUGGAUUCGGAUUCUACUCAAGCUGGCAUUCGCACUGAUGUUGUGUCGAUGGAAGGGGUUGACCACGCCUUAAUGGCAAAGAUGGAUCUCGUUAACGAUGCAAUUGAUCGAAUUGGAUUUACUCCUUACCAUACCAAACUAUUUUUCCUCAACGGAUUCGGCUAUGGGGUCGACUCUCUAUUGCUUUUCCUCAUGAGCAUAGCUGCCGACCAAGUAGUAGCUCAGUACCCUCCGAAGUUCAAACGAGGUGCGCAAUUGGGCUUCUAUCUUGCCUUGUUAGCGGGUGCCUUGUUUUGGGGCGGUACAGCAGACAUCAUCGGACGAAAAUGGGCAUUCAAUUUCUCCCUGCUCAUCAGCGCCAUAUUUGCUAUUACUUCCGGCGCAGCUCCAAAUUAUGCCGCGUGGGCCACGAUGGUGGCAAUCUCGGCAUUUGGCUCUGGCGGAAAUCUCGUACUGGACACAACGGUGUUCUUGGAAUAUCUUCCUUCCAACAAGCAAUGGCUUCUGACUCUCCUAGCCGGGUGGUGGGGAGUGGGUCAAACAGUGGCCGGCCUCGUUGCAUGGCCCUUCAUGGCGGACUAUAGUUGCCCCCUCGACGGCUCAGUUCCAUGUACGAAUGCCAAUAACAUGGGAUGGAGAUACCUGUUUUACACAUGCGGCGCCCUGGUCUUUGUCCUAAGCAUGUUACGCGUGGUGGUCAUCCGUUUCCAUGAAACUCCAAAGUUUCUUCUUUGCCAAGGCCGGGAUGAGGAUGUUGUGAAGACACUCGAAAACCUCGCCCACAAAUACGACCGGUCAUGUUCCCUCACCCUGGAUCAGCUUCAGGCUCACGGUCAAAUCCACAGUGCACAUGCCCAGAACAAAGCAUCUCUCUCCGAAGUGGUUGUACAUGUACGAGGUUUGUUCGCAAAUCGAACGAUGGCCUUGUCAACAUGUUUAGUCUGGUUAUCAUGGGCUCUCAUUGGACUAGGAUAUUCAUUAUACUACGUUUAUUUGCCAGAAUAUUUGGCAUCUCGAGAUUCAUCUACCGGUGCAAGUUCGACCUACCUCACAUGGCGUAACUACGCAAUCACCAAUCUGUGUGCGAUACCAGGCCCUAUUAUAGCCUCCUUCUUUUGUGAAUUGCCUCUUUUUGGGCGAAAACGAACCAUGGCAGUUGGGGCACUGAUUACCAUGAUCUUCUUCUUUGGAUAUACGGCUGUCAAGACAGGCCAGCAAAACAUAGGGUUUGCCUCCGCAAUCUCGGUCUCGAUUAACAUUUACUACGCUACUCUGUACGCUUACACUGUUGAGAUUCUGCCUUCUGCGCACCGCGGCACUGGAAAUGGCAUUGCUGUCGCACUGAAUCGACUGAUGGGUACGGUGUCGGCUCUCAUUGGCGCGUUUACAUCAACAUCCAGCUCAGUUCCUAUCUACGUGUGUGCUGCUUUGAUGGGAGCUGCUGGUAUUCUAGCGGCCUUUUUCCCUCUCGAAUCACGUGGAAGGAAGAGCAUCUGA